AACUCUUGGUGAACCUGCAACCUUGACAUGUGAUUUACCAAAAGAAUGGUUGGGAAUUAAAAGUAUUCACUGGUACAAGCAGAGUACUGGAGAUACUCUGAGGGUGAUCACAAUGCUGCGAAAAAACACAGCCCCUAAAUAUGGACCAGGGGUUUUAGCCUCAAGACUGGAGAUAACGUAUUUAGAGAAAGUCAGUAAUCUCACAAUUUUGAGGACCACUGAAGAAGAUGAGGGAAUGUAUCACUGUGCAGUCCUUGAUUGGACUGAGAAUACGUGGAGUGGAACCUAUUUGUCACUGAGAGGAAAUAUCAAGAAAACAAUAAACUACACAAUUGUGCAGAGAUCAAGAACCGCAAAUACAGUAAAUGUGGAAGAAACUGAAACUCUGGAGUGUUCAAUUCUGUCUGGCUCUCAGACCAAGACUUGUCCAGGAGAGCUCCAGGUGUUCUGGUUUAGAGCCAGAUCAAGUAAUUCUUACCCAGAAAUUGUAUUCACCAGUGGAGUCCCUCAGGAUGUUUGUAUGAAGAAACAUGAUAGAAAAUGUGUUUAUAGCUUCUCUAAGAAUGUCAGUAUCUCUGAGACUGGGACAUACUACUGUGCCCUAGCCACAUGUGGAGAAAUAUUAUUUGGUGAUGGGACUACUCUUGGAGUUGGUAAGAUUUUUAUUUUUCUACCCAAGUUGAAAUGUUCAUUUAAAACAUCUCUUAAAAAGUUUUUUUUGUUUGUUUCUUUUCUAGAUCAAUCUUUAAACUCUUCAUUUAUCACACUGGUGACUCUAAAAAUUUGCUUGAUUAUUUCUGUUAUUUUACAUAUUACAAUUGCAUGCUACCUAUCCAUUAAAAAAGCCAAGAAACAGAUUAAAGGCAAAAAAUCAAGCCACGGACAUGAUGUUGGCCAAAAGGAAGACCAUAUUGAUGAAGAUAGAAAUGACCUGGACUACGCAGCACUGCAGUUUCCAGGAAGCAAAGCAACCAUUAGAUGUAUUAAGAAAAAUAUGGAUGAAAGUGUUUAUUCACAAGUAAAAUGAUAUCCUAUUUCUUUAUGUAUUUAGUUUAAUCUUUGGUUUGCGUUUUCAUAAGUACAUUUUGAGCUAAUUUAACCCUUUGUUAUGGAGCAAUUUUAUCUUAAAAAAAAGGAACGUUUAUGUUUUUACUUACUUUUUAUGAUAGUUUAAAAGUACCUGUUUGUACUUAUGUUAUAACAAUGCUGAAAUUAACUAUUUUAUUCAGUGAAUAGAAGUCUACAGAGCAACAUAUGUUAAGCAAAACUCAGCAGACAUAGUGGCUCACAAGCAUUAGUGCAGUUUUGCUUUUUUCAUGCUUGU